CACGGGGUGCAGGAAAGGAAAUGCAGACCCGAUAGAGACCUUUGUGCGACCGGGCACGUUUUGGUCCCCAAAAGGUGCUGGGGAGGAAGGUUUGCUCUGCGGGGAGGCUGCACCCUGCUUCUUCCCUCGCGUGUUUGGGGGUGGAUUCGUCUUCUCCCUCUGAAACAUCCUGGGCUGGCAAAAUCCAUCCACCGGCCUCCUCAGCGCGGCCCCUCCGAAAUCCCCUGGGUUGCGAUGCUGCGUUCGAUGGAGCCGGGCCUCGCCGGAGAGCAGCGCUGAGGAUCUGUCGGCACGUGCCGCUGGUCUGCUCGCCUCGGGGGACGUGACUGAGGUCCUAACGCUGCCCAGACGUCCAAAAUGGUCAUGCAAAGACACCACCUCACCCGCGCAGGAAUAGCAUUCGCUCUCUGCCUUCAUCACCUCGUCAGCACCAUUGAGGUCCCUCUGGAUUCAAACAUUCAGAGUGAAUUGCCUCAGCCCCCCACGAUCACCAAACAGUCCGUGAAGGACUACAUCGUCGACCCGAGGGAUAACAUCUACAUUGAAUGUGAAGCCAAAGGGAACCCCGUCCCCACUUUUUCCUGGACGCGGAACGGGAAGUUCUUCAACGUGGCGAAGGACCCCAAGGUUUCCAUGCGGCGGCGGUCAGGGACGCUAGUCAUUGACUUCCACAGCGGAGGACGGCCGGAGGACUACGAGGGCGAGUACCAGUGCUUUGCUCGGAACGACUAUGGCACUGCUCUCUCCAGCAAAAUCCACCUCCAGGUUUCCAAGUCUCCCCUGUGGCCCAAGGAGAAGGUGGAUGUGAUAGAGGUGGAUGAAGGGGCUCCGCUCAGCCUGCAGUGCAACCCGCCACCUGGGCUGCCUUCUCCCGUCAUCUUCUGGAUGAGCAGCGCCAUGGAGCCCAUCCACCAGGACAAGCGCGUCUCCCAGGGCCAGAACGGUGACCUGUACUUCUCGAAUGUCAUGCUGCAGGAUGCCCAGACCGACUACAGCUGCAACGCGCGCUUCCACUUCACCCACACCAUCCAGCAGAAAAACCCCUACACCCUCAAGGUGAAAACCAAGAAACCCCAUAACGAAACGUCUUUACGAAAUCACACUGACAUGUACAGUGCCCGAGGGAUUAUGGAAACAACUCCCAGCUUCAUGUAUCCCUACGGGACCUCAAGCAGUCAGAUGGUGCUCAGAGGGGUGGACCUCUUGCUGGAGUGCAUUGCAUCAGGAGUACCAGCACCAGACAUCAUGUGGUACAAGAAAGGAGGAGAGCUCCCUGCAGGCAAAACCAAGCUGGAAAACUUUAACAAGGCUCUUCGUAUCUCCAACGUCUCUGAGGAAGACUCUGGGGAAUAUUUCUGCUUGGCAUCAAACAAGAUGGGCAGCAUCCGCCACACGAUCUCGGUGAGAGUGAAGGCUGCUCCAUACUGGCUGGACGAACCCCAGAACCUCAUCCUGGCCCCUGGCGAGGACGGCAGGCUGGUGUGCCGAGCCAACGGGAACCCCAAGCCUGCAAUCCAGUGGCUGGUGAACGGCGAACCCAUAGAAGCUUCUCCCCCCAAUCCAAGCCGAGAGGUGGCUGGAGACACUAUUGUAUUCCGAGACACCCAGAUCGGCAGCAGUGCCGUGUACCAAUGCAACGCGUCCAACGAGCACGGCUACCUUCUCGCCAACGCCUUUGUCAGCGUCCUGGAUGUGCCUCCUCGGAUCCUGGCCCCCCGCAAUCAGCUCAUAAGGGUGAUUCAAAACAACAGGACCCGACUCGACUGCCCCUUCUUUGGGUCACCGAUCCCCACCCUGCGAUGGUUUAAGAACGGCCAGGGGAACACGCUGGAUGGAGGAAACUACAAGGCGCACGAGAACGGGAGCUUGGAGAUGAACAUGGCUCGGAAGGAGGACCAGGGCAUCUACACGUGCGUCGCUACCAACAUCCUGGGUAAAGCAGAGGCCCAGGUUCGCCUUGAGGUCAAAGAUCCAACCAGGAUCGUGAGAGGACCAGAAGACCAAGUGGUGAAGAGGGGCUCCAUGCCUCGCCUCCACUGCCGUAUAAAGCACGACCCUACGCUGAAACUCACGGUCACCUGGCUGAAAGAUGAUGCACCCCUCUACAUCGGGAACAGGAUGAAGAAAGAAGAUGAUGGUCUGACAAUCUAUGGCGUGGCUGAAAAGGACCAAGGGGAUUACACCUGCGUAGCUAGCACAGAGCUGGACAAGGACUCAGCUAAGGCGUACCUCACCGUACUGGCUAUCCCUGCUAACCGUUUGAGAGACUUACCAAAAGAACGACCCGACCGGCCCCGUGACUUGGAGCUGACAGACCUGGCCGAGAGGAGCGUGCGGCUGACCUGGAUUCCCGGCGACGACAAUAACAGCCCCAUCACAGACUACAUCGUCCAGUUUGAAGAGGACCGGUUCCAACCUGGCAUGUGGCACAACCACUCCAGAUACCCUGGGAGCGUCAACUCAGCUGUCCUGAGCCUCUCUCCUUACGUCAAUUACCAGUUUCGGGUGAUUGCGGUGAACGACGUGGGCAGCAGCCUGCCCAGCAUGCCCUCUGAGCGAUACCAGACCAACGGGGCACGUCCUGAAAUUAACCCAACAGGAGUUCAAGGUGCAGGGACCCAAAAAAACAACAUGGAGAUAACCUGGACGCCUCUGAAUGCAACUCAAGCUUAUGGGCCCAACCUCAGGUACAUCGUGAGAUGGAGGCGAAGGGACCCCCGAGGGAGCUGGUACAACGAGACAGUGAAGACGCCAAGGCACGUCGUCUGGAACACCCCCAUCUAUGUACCCUACGAGAUCAAAGUGCAGGCAGAGAAUGACUUUGGCAGAGCACCAGAGCCUGACACCGUCAUCGGCUACUCAGGGGAAGAUUAUCCCAAGGCUGCGCCCACAGAUGUUAGGAUAAGAGUUUUAAACAGCACUGCCAUUGCUCUGACCUGGACCCGAGUGCACCUGGACACCAUCCAGGGACAGCUCAAGGAGUACAGAGCCUAUUUCUGGAGAGACAGUAGUUUGCUGAAGAACCUGUGGGUCUCCAAAAAACGGCAAUAUGUGAGUUUUCCUGGAGACCGAAACCGGGGCAUAGUGUCCCGGCUGUUUCCUUACAGCAACUACAAGCUUGAGAUGGUUGUAACCAACGGGAGAGGAGAUGGGCCACGCAGUGAAAUUAAGGAGUUCCCCACACCCGAAGGAGUGCCCAGCUCCCCCAGGUAUUUAAGAAUCCGACAGCCAAAUCUGGAAAUCAUCAAUCUGGAGUGGGAUCACCCAGAACAUCCCAAUGGAGUCCUCACAGGAUACAACCUUAGAUAUCAAGCCUUUAACGGAUCCAAAACGGGCCGAACCCUGGUAGAGAACUUCUCUCCCAAUCAGACAAGGUUCACACUGCAGAGGACAGACCCCAUCUCGCGCUAUCGCUUCUUCCUGCGCGCACGGACCCAGGUGGGAGAAGGAGAAACCCUGGUGGAGGAGUCACCAGCCUUGCUGAACGAAGCCACGCCAACCCCAGCUGCAACUGGGCCGCCUCCAACUACAGUCGGUCUAACCAGUACUACAACAACCCCAACUACCACCACCGACACAACUACCACAACUACCGACACAACUACCACCACCACAACUACCACCACCACUACAGCCGCCACUACUCUACCCGCCACCACCGUCGCCACCACAGCAGCUACAGAGAGGGCUCCGGCAGCCACCACAAAGCAGGAGUUGGCCACCAAUGGAUCGUCCAUAUGGGACAUAAGAGCUAUGGCUAAUAGUAACUGGGCAAACAUCACCUGGAGCCACAAUUACUCUGCAGGAACUGACUUUGUGGUUAAGUAUAUCACCAGUAACAAGACAGAGAAAUCUAUCCCUGUUAAAGCUCAGACCCCUUCCUCUGUGCAGCUGGCGAAUCUGACGCCGGGAAUGAUGUACAAGCUGUGGGUGUUCCCCAUAUGGUCUAGCCCCAGUGAACACUCGUACAUAACCUUUACCACCAGCUCAGCUUAUACCAAGAACCACGUGGACAUCGCAACACAGGGCUGGUUCAUCGGGCUGAUGUGUGCCAUAGCUCUCCUGGUCCUUAUUCUCUUGAUCGUCUGCUUCAUCAAGAGGAGCAGAGGCGGGAAAUACCCAGUACGAGACAAUAAAGAUGAGCAUCUAAAUCCCGAAGACAAGAAUGUAGAAGAUGGAUCGUUCGACUACAGCGAUGAAGACAACAAACCCCUGCCAAACAGCCAGACUUCCUUGGACGGCACGAUAAAGCAGCAGGAGAGUGACGAUAGCUUGGUGGACUAUGGAGAGGGGGGUGAAGGGCAGUUUAACGAGGAUGGCUCCUUUAUUGGCCAGUACACGGUGAAGAAGGACAAAGAGGAGACCGAAGGCAACGAGAGCUCGGAAGCCACCUCCCCCGUCAAUGCUAUCUACUCCUUGGCAUAGCGCAAUGCACUGAAACCACAAACAGCCUGCGGUGUUUGUAGUGGAUGGGGGUUUAACAACAGCCGCCGCCGCCACUACCUCCAACAGAAACGUGUGAAUGAAACCAACCAACAGCGACACACACACACACACACACAAAAAAAAAAAAAAAAAAAAGGAAAAAGGAAAAAAAGAAAAAAAAAUAUCCAAGCAAACAGGCAGACCAGGUGGUUGCCAAUGCCAUCUUAUCCUUAGCAAACAAGCGAACGGCAAGGACUCCCAGGGCGCGGAUGGGUUGUAGCUGUAGCUGGAAGCUGGCUGAGCCAGAGGGUCUGGAGGAGGAGUGGGAUGCUCGAGCUGCACCCCAGCUUCAGGGCUGGCCCCGGCAUCCAGAGCCAGCCCGGCAGGGGCCACGCCGUGGGCUCGGCCACCCAGGCUCCCCGAGGCCCUUUCUGCUCUUUUGGGAGGAAGCUAAUGAUUCUUCUUUUUAAUCUUUACAGGAAGGUUCCAGAUAAGGGGGGGUGGGCAGUUUGGGGAGGGAAGAGGGGUGAGCAGGGCCUGGGCAGAGCAGCGUGCAAGGAGGAAAGUGGUGGAUCUUUGGGUAGCGACACCACAGCACUGUAUUCCCGAGCUGUCCAUCCUCAUGGCAGCACCUUGCCCACGGCCUCUCCCAAAGCAGUCAGCACCGCAACCUCCUUCCCGACAGAUCAAGCAGCACCUAUGCAGGGAAGAGCAGGUCCCCAUCACCUCCCUUGGCACCAUAACUUGCACCGGUGCUGAGGCUCCGCCGUCCAUCCCCCUUGCAAAACCCAUGAGGAGGUCACCCACCACCCCCACGGGGCUCUGGAGCAUCCUCAGAGGACAAGAGGUUGCAAAAGAGCUUGUGGGAUUUGUGGAAGGACAGUCAGGUGCCGCUCACCCUCCGAGCCCAGGAUAACAGCAUCGCUUGCCUGGGUAAUGGCAGGCAAACCAUGUUGGUUUAGUCUCUGCUUUGUAAGAAUGUGGGGGGAAACAGCCCCCAGACCAUGACUGCUUUCUUUUAAAGGCAACUCCGUAAGUCUUAUGUAGCAAAGAGGGAGUGGAAGCAGGACCGGUACUAAUAUAGGAUGAGGGGACCAGAAAUCACUUAUUUUAAAUAAAAAUUAAAAUAAAUCAAAGCCACCCGGUCAGGAUGAGAAGCACCCCAGGGGAUCAGGUGGAGGAUCCCUCGCUAUCGCCCUGCACCGCAGCUCCCGAUCAGCAGCUGGAAGGUUCAGGGAUGUGUGUCCCUCAGGAGACAGGGAAGGCACACGGCAGGACCUGAGGUCCACACCUUCCCCAGGCACCGGGGAUGAGCCAGAUCGACAGCGUUUUCCACUAAACUCCCCUCCUCAUUUCUGACAGUGGCCUUUCCCCCCUCCAUCAAUCACCCUCAGCCAGACCCUUCCACAAGCAGCACCUGCACCCUGGGACCCCCCUCCUCUGUCUUAUUUACAUAUCAAGACAACCCACGAUUUAAGUUAACCCGUUAACACACUGUAACAACAACGCAUCUCGGAUAGGAGUGCUCCUUCACAUGCCUUACACAGCUGCAAACUUCCCGUGAAGUUUAACAAACUGAUACUAUCCCCCCACCGCUUACGCGCCCCUAACGCGAUCGUCUUCGAUCCGCCAGACCAGUAGGAGUAGGAUGCCUGGGCAGCUCUCCCAGCUGAGACAGCAUGGAGCAUCGUAGAAGGUAGAGUUUGAUAACAGACCGUACUUAGUGGCCAACGCCGUGUUUAUUCUCCCACUUCCUGCACUUUUGAAACCAAAGGUACCUUCGCUGAGAGAGAUGGGAUUUCUUCAGACCGUUUCACAGACGGCAAACGACGUUAGGAUGGAUUUUUCUUUCAUUUCUUUUUCUAAGGAGGAUGGUUUUGUUCAGCAUAAUGGAUUAAAUGCAAUAGGACUAAUGCAAUUAUUCUUUUAGCUUUCAAGCUGGUUUGCUAUGAAGACAUAUCGCUAACACGAAUACUUCUACUAAUACGGAUUGUCGAGAUGGACUUUGCCACAUUCUUUAAGCUGCUAAUGGCACAACUAUCCUGCGCUUCGGGGCAGAGCCCGGACCCGGUCAGCACCUGCUGCUGGAUCACACAAAGAAAACAGGAGAGAGCUGGAUGCACACCAAACGGCGAAGGAGUGACACGCACCGCGUGAGCAGAGGAGGGUUUUGGCUGGUGUUAACAUACAGAGCCCCCUCCUAAAGCGAGGGGAGCGCCUGCCACCCCAGGGCAGGCAGCACAGGGAUGUCCCUUCUCCACUGCACAGGAACCCACCUGCCAGGGUCCUCCAUCCACAUCAUCUUACACAGCAGGAGCCACACAUCUUGCUCUGGUACCAUCAGCUUAAAUGCGUUCAUACACCAAGCCUAUUUCUACCGCUGCCGCUCGCCACUGAUCCAGUUUAAGGAGAGCAUCUCCCAGCCCGUUCCCAGGACACGCAGCAGUUGCAUUGGGUUUUUAAGCAAACACACCAGGCCAAAUGUAACGCAGCCCUCGGUCACGGGGUAAUCGCUUCCCAAGCCUACGGCUGUCCUUACAACGCUGAGUUUGCCCAACUCCUUGCCCAAGCGCUGGUGGAAAGGAGACCAAGAAACUACAGCCUCCACUGUGGAAAAGCCUCUGCUGCCAGAGCUGGGCACCUUCACUCACACCCAGCACACCAGACCCUCACUGCUUUGUGGACCAACCGCUAACAGGGACCACGAGACCCUCGGCUACCACGCAACCCCUCCAAACCUCAAGCAAGUGGGUCAGGCGUUACUGGAAGCAGGGCGGUCCCUGCCAUGUAUCUGUAUCACGUGCCAUUUGUAUUAAAGCCUGUAUUUCUGUCUUGUCAUUAACCACCAUUUCACUGAGCAAACAUCUUAGCAUCCGUUUGGAAACAGAGAAGUGUUUCACCCCAUAGCUGUGCCCCAUGGUGUGCCUUGGCUAUCAGGGAGGGAAGCAGCUGGGCUCAGGCCAGCCAGUCCUCCUCUUGCCCCAGAAAAGUCUUGCAAAACAUUGGAGUCCUACCGCCACGUUACUUGAAGUAACCAGAAAAGAAAGGAGACAUCUGCCGAGAGCCUGGCAGACAAACGGCUCGGUGUAAGUUACGUGUAGCCUUGUAUUAGCUGGGUGUCAAUACUACUCAAAAAAUUGUAAGGCGUAGUACAAAUUUGCCUCAAAUUUCUUUGAGGCUUCCCCUAGAGCUUUGGAGCCCAAAGAAAAUUCUCACCACAUUCAAAACUCACCCUGAGCUUAACAGUUUUUACUCCCGUUAAUGAAGAGCCAGUAGCCGUUUGCAUGUGCAGUUCCCGUGUCGCGGGGAGCGAAGCCCUCCCUUGCUCUGAGCACCAAAACCACCGCAGCCCCCCAGGAACAGCCAGGGCCAGGCUGCACCCACUCGGGCAUCACUGCGCGAGCGCCCUUUGAGCACCAGGAGAUGGAUGGAGACCCUGCACGAGGACCGGUGGUGCCGAGGGGGUCUUGCCCACCUGCCUCUGCCUGUUCGGGUGCGUGCUGUGCCAGCGAUCGUGUCUGCCUGUCGCCAGUGUCACCCCACAGGGGCAGCUUUGCUUCUUCAUCCCCAGCUGUCCCUCUCCGGAGGGGAUGGGCCAGUCACCUUGUCUCCUGCCACCUAUAGCGUAGCCCCCAGGAUUAGCAGAGAUGCUUGGGAGAACCGUCUGUCAGCCCCUCCUAAGGGGUCGGUCCCCAUCGCAGGGGUGACCGUCCCCAGCACAAGGGUGACCAUCCCUCCCUGGCAUCUGCACAGCCUCUCUGGAACAGGGCACACUUUCACCUUUUCUUUUCCAGAAGAUAUAUCUUCACAAAGAAUUUAAAUUAGGGGCCAACAAUAAAUUAAUAAAUCAAUAAAUAAAUAAGGAGAGAGAGAGAGACGAGCCAAACCCCAAAUCACGUGCUGUCUGAAAGCAGGGAAAAAGCAGUUUGGGUCCAACUCUCAACUUGCAAAUUUGAGCCUGUUUCCAAAACGGUCUGAGCCAAACCCUCGUCCAUGGUCUGGAGACGGAGCCAGACUCUGCUGGCCGCACCUGAGCGCAGGACACAGCCUGCCCCUCUCCCACACGCAGCCCUUUGCUACUCGGAGCCCUGCGUGUGUGCAGCACCUGAUACGAACCAAGUGCAAGCAUGGGAUACGAGAGGACACGCUGUGUUUACACAAUCUUGAGGCUGCUGCUAUUCUCCCCGAAGUGAUGUUGCAGUAAGAGCCAGAAAAGCAGCAGGAAAAAAAUUGAGUUUUGGUAUAAGCCCUGAAAUCCUGCUCAUAGAAACCCCAACCGUCUGUCCCGUCUGGACACCAGGUCGCGACACCCCCUGCCAGCAUUGCCUUCUCGCAGAUGACAGACCCCAAGUCCGUGUGUAACAAGUCACUCCUGACCCGAGACAUCGCCCUGGCACCGAGGGGCCGCAGCUCCUGCUGCCAUCACACCGGAGGAGCAGGAUGGGGGCGAGGGCAGAGCCGCGCAGCAUCGUCCAUCGCCGGAGCCGUGCCUUACCUGGCAUGCAGCGCUCACUCCAUCUGUACCACCAGCUGUCCUGGCAGGUCCCCACGCCUCUCCUCGGUGCACAGGUCCCAGCAGAGCUGCGAAUUCAACCUGCAAUGUAACGUCCAUGUACCAGGCUUAAUUGUGUACUAGCAGCCAACGAUUUCAGUUAAGCAAUAAACAAACCUUGUAAAAAAAAAAAAACAAAAAAAACAAAAAACCACAACAACAGGAAAAAAAACCCAACCACGUUCUAUUUCUUGCACUAAGACCAGUUUUAUUAACAAGAAUAACGAUGCUUUUCUGGUCCUAAGAAAAUAACCCACCGCAUCAGUAGCUCACCCUUGCCCAGCAGUGCCCACCUCUCCAUGUCCUUCCCGAGUGGGCAUCGGGCUUUGGUUGUCAAAAGCAGUCUAAACCCUGUGUCAAACCCACAAAACAGACUCCAUCCUUCACAGUACGGAGUUUUAAAUGUUCGUUCCUCCCGCUCACAUCGGAAAGAAAGUAUUGUACCAUUUUGUUUUUCUUUAAUUUGUAAAUAUAUCGCAAUCCAUCCAUCCUCUCUGUAAAACCUGCUGGUUGUUCUAAAGUAUUCUAUGUAUUUAUUUGCCUUUUUUUUAAAGCAAAAAACAACACCUUUGCGAUAACCCACUUGUUCCAAUGAGAAAUGUAUAGCUGAAGCUGUAAAAUUAACAGUUUACAGCGAGAAGAUUUAUGGACUACAGAAAAAAAUGUUUAAUAUAAGGACUUAUAAAGCGACUGCAUGAGAGAUGAAAGAA